AUGGAACGAGUCCGUCUCAGCUCGAUGAUGCUUUUCAAGGACUGUGGAGUGGUGAAAGACCACCGGGCUGUCCACGUGGGCUGUCAGAACGAUUUGAAGACGAAAUCUCAUCGCAUUCAGAAGAUAUUACAAGAGAAUCCAGAAUCUGCUGAGACUGAAUCAGAAGAGGCUCACGAACAGAUAGUCAAUUCGAAAGAAGAAAUUCCUUACAAUCCCUCUCAUGGCAAUUAUGUUGAAUCAUCUGAACAGGAAAAUGAUGAAAUAAGUGAAACAGUCGAUUCUGAUGAUAGAACAUACUAUCACAAUCUAGAGGCUGACGAUGGCAAUUUGUCUGGAUUGACAGAAAGUGAACAAUCUACAAUUGUCAACAUCUCAGAAGUAAAUUGGUCAGAUAUUUCAGGUUUAGGACGGACAAAGGCUCUUAUCCAAGAAAUAGUCAUAUGGCCAAUGCUACGACCAGAUCUCUUCACAGGAUUAAGAUCGCCACCAAAAGGUAUUUUACUUUUCGGACCGCCAGGCACGGGAAAAACGAUGCUGGGAAAGUGUAUUGCAUCACAGAUUGAUUCAACAUUUUUCUCGAUUUCUGCCAGUUCUUUGACAUCUAAAUGGAUGGGAGAAAGUGAGAAAACUGUAAAGUUUCUAUUCGAAGUUGCACGAGAAAAAGCACCAUCUGUCAUUUUCAUUGAUGAAAUCGACUCGUUGCUGUCGAAAAGGGCCGAAGGUGAAUCCGAAGGUGGUAGAAAAAUUAAGACAGAAUUUUUGGUCCAGUUUGAUGGUAUUUUAAGUGGAUCUCAAAAGAAGCCGAAUAAUAAGAGUGUUUUGGUCAUCGGGGCAACAAAUAGGCCACAAGAAAUUGAUGAAGCUGUUCGUAGAAGAUUUGUCAAACGCGUUUAUGUGCCUUUACCUGAUCAAAGUGGAAUAGAAGACCUUUUAAAGUCUUUAUUAUCGCAAUAUGAUUGUGAUGUUCAAAAAAACGAGUAUAAAGAGUUGAGUGAAAAACUUAUCGGAUACUCAGGAUCGGAUAUUUAUAAUUUGUGUAGAGAGGCCGUAAUGGAGCCAUUGAGAGAAAUCGACAUUUCCAAAGGGAUGAAAUCAGACAAUCUUGAAUUGGCCAAUCUCAAAGGGGAUAUUUGUCCGAUUGACCAGAAUGUUGUGAAAUAUCUUGCAGAGAUCCUUCACGAAAGAGGAGAUCAUCCUUUUGCACAGAUUUCUACAGUUUUAUCUUGA